CAGUAUUCCUCUAACUUUCAAACUAAUAAAACAUUUUUAUAAAAAAGAAAUCGAAUUUUAAAACAUUAAAUUGUAACGAAUUAGAAAAUCAUAAUUAAAUCAAAAGUUUUAUAAAAAUAUUAAAAUAAAAUUAAAAUCAUGAAUAAAAUAUUUUUGACUGCAGUGACAUUUGUUUCAAUUUUUGGAAUUAUAAACUGCCAAGUGCCCGCCCCAGGAAAAUGUCCAACCGGAAUUACUGUUGUAUCUGAAUUGGAUGUCGAAAAGUAUCUUGGUACAUGGUACGAACAUUCAAAAUAUCCAGCAAUUUUCGAAGUUGGUGGAAAAUGUAUGCAAGCUGUUUAUGGUAAAUUCGAAAAUGGCACCGUUUCAGUUGUUAAUUCACAAAUAAAUAUACUUACCGGAGCCAAAUCAAGCAUUGAAGGACAUGCUGCACUAACAGAAGAACCAGGAAAACUUAUUGUUAAUUUUCCAAGUGUUGGAAAAAUUGGGGUAAAAUCAAAUUAUUGGGUAUUAUCAACUGAUUAUACAACUUAUUCGGUCGUUUAUUCCUGUAGUAAUCUAUUAAAUGAGAAAAUGCAUGGAACUAUCGUGUGGAUAUUAACACGUGAGAGAACACCAUCACAAGAAGUCAUCGAUAAAGCUUACAAAGUUUUAGAUGAUAAUCAAAUCAGUAAAUUAUUGUUAUUGAAAACUCAACAAGAUAAUUGUGAUGCAUAAAUGUGUACAAAAAAAAAAUGGAUGUAUGUAUACUUCCUUUUGGAGUUGAAGUUAAAAACAAUAAUUAUGUUUAAUUGAGAAUGUAAUUUUUUAAUUAUUGUUAAAUAUAUUUACAUAACGUACCUAAUAUAGCGAAAAACGAA